CACAGGCUGGGUUCAGACAACAUGCUAAACCAUAGUGGGUCAUGUUCAAGAGUGACCCAUAAGAAGCACAUAGAUGGAAGAUACGAAGAAUAAUUCUGCCCAGCUGGGCAAAAGCAAGCAGCCGGUGAAAACAGAAUGGGGGUCCCAAUAUGUGGUUUUUACUUACUUCCAAGGUGACAUUAACAGCGUGGUGGAUGAACACUUCUCCAGAGCUUUGAGUGCAGCCAAAACCCCGCAGGACCUGAGCAGGAAGAACAGCAAUGAGGAUGUGAUUGUAAAGACCGAAAACCACAUGUCUCCCCAACAGUGGAGUUUCUCACCUCCCUGGCCUAAGCCGUACCACACGUCCUGCCCUUUAAACCUAUCCAGCUCCGAUGGGAAUGCGGCUGCUACAGCUGCUGACCCCUAUGAACCUUCUGACCUCCAGGGCAUUCCUCCAUCGGCCACAGAUCUGUGGCACUUGCCUUCGAGGGCUGAUCCAAAUUUGACUGCGACUUCAGGGUAUCCCCCCUCUAUGCCUGACCUGCACAUGGCGCAGGGAUCCGGGGCGGAUGGAAAAUUCGGUUCGCUGCUAGGUCUCUUGCAGCAGGAAAGGUGCCCCUCAUCCAUCCAGCAGACUCCCGAUUCUGGAUCGGCUUGUCUUACCAGCUCUGCUAGGUUACCAAAUACAAGCCAGAGUUUAACUUCUAGGGGAGGCAUCGCUGCCAAUGACAGGAGAAGAGAUUUGUACUUUUAGAAAAUGGACACCUUUGCUCACCAUUUCUG